AUGCCUGCAGCAGUGCCCCCAGAAACUGGCGCGCCGCGGAGCGAGCUCGAGCAGCUCCAGAUGCGCGCCGGUCAGGUCACCGAUGAGUCAUUGGAGUCCACACGGCGCAUGAUGCAGCUAUGCGAGGAGAGCAAGGAGGCCGGCAUUCGUACUCUGGUCGCUCUAGACGACCAGGGAGAACAAUUGGAUAGGAUCGAGGAAGGGAUGGACCAGAUCAACGCGGACAUGCGGGAGGCUGAGAAGAAUCUGUCGGGGAUGGAGAAGUGCUGCGGCAUCUGCGCACUGCCUUGCAAUAAAGGAGCGUCGUUCAAGGAGGACGAUGGCACAUGGAAGGGCAACGAUGAUGGAAAGGUAGUGAACAACCAGCCGCAGCGAGUCAUGGACGAGCGAAACGGUAUAGGUCCACAAGCCGGUUACAUAGGCAGGAUAACAAACGACGCCCGCGAGGAUGAGAUGGAAGAGAACAUGGGUCAAGUGAACACAAUGAUUGGCAACCUGCGCAACAUGGCGCUCGACAUGGGCUCUGAGCUCGAGAACCAGAACCGCCAGAUCGACCGUAUCAAUCGCAAGGGCGAAUCGAACGAUGACAGAAUAAAGGUGGCGAAUCAACGUGCGCACGAGCUCCUCAAUAAACUUACACACAACAACUCGUCGGCGACAUCAGGUGAAAGCAACGAGACUCGCAUAGCAGUAGCAAACCAGCGAGCGAACAAGCUGCUCAAAUCUUAA